AUGGGGCGGGCCAUGGUGUCAGACCUGUGUGCCACAGGAGACCAUGACUGUGAGCAGGUGUGCCUCAGCUCCCCGGGCUCCUACACCUGCGCCUGUCGGCAGGGCUUCACCUUGAACAGUGAUGGCAAGACCUGCAAUGCCUGCAGAGGCAGCAGCGGCAGUUCGGCCACUGACUUGGUCUUCCUCAUUGAUGGAUCCAAAAGUGUGCGGCCGGAGAACUUUGAGCUGGUGAAGAAGUUCAUCAAUCAGAUCGUGGACACGCUGGACGUGUCCGACAAACUGGCGCAGGUGGGGCUAGUGCAGUACUCGAGCUCUGUGCGCCAGGAGUUCCCGCUGGGCCGCUUCCACACGAAGAAGGACAUUAAGGCGGCUGUGCGGAACAUGUCAUAUAUGGAGAAGGGCACCAUGACCGGGGCUGCCCUCAAGUACCUCAUUGACAAUUCCUUCACUGUGUCCAGCGGGGCUAGGCCUGGGGCCCAGAAGGUGGGCAUUGUCUUCACUGAUGGCCGGAGCCAGGACUACAUUAACGAUGCCGCCAAGAAAGCCAAGGAACUUGGCUUUAAGAUGUUUGCUGUGGGUGUGGGCAACGCCGUGGAGGACGAGCUGAGGGAAAUCGCCUCAGAGCCCGUGGCAGAGCAUUACUUCUACACGGCUGACUUCAAGACCAUCAACCAGAUUGGCAAGAGGUUGCAGAAUAAGAUCUGCGUGGAGGAAGACCCGUGUGCCUGCGAGUCCAUUGUGAAAUUCCAGACCAAAGUGGAGGGGCUGCUGCAGGCCCUGACCAGGAAGCUGGAAGCUGUGAGUAAGCGGCUGGCCGUCCUGGAGAACAGAGUCGUCUGAGGCUGCCUGUCCCCGCCAUGGCCUCUCUCUCUCCCCACCGCAAGCACAGGCUGCCGAGUCCUGCGUGUGUCCCCUAGAGCCCCAAGUGUAGUCUAGCUUUGCCAUUUCAGUGAGGGGGGGAGGGGCGGGCCCUGAGGGCACCAGGUCUCCCCCACCAUCCUGCCAGCCCUGCUGGGUGUGUGUGUGAGUGUGCUAGGUGCCUGGCAGUGUCUGGGAGCGCGAGUGUAUGUGCGCGUGCAUGGGCAUGUGCACAUGUGUUAGGAGCGUGGCUGUGUUUGGGAGCAUGCGUGUGCGUGUGUGCAUGCCUGAGGGCAGGCGUGUAUCUAGAGCAGGGAUGCGUGUGUGUGAGUGAGAACACAGGGGUGAGUGUGAGAGGGACUGCGUUUGCAUUUUUUCAAUUGAAAGCUUAAUAUAUUCCUUUUUUUUUUUUUAG